AUGGCAUCCCGGUCCGUGGUAAACAACACCCGGCACAUCUACAAAGCCCUCACACGGCCGACAUCCGCCCGGCUCAUCGGCCUUGCCAGAAUCCAAAAUGCAGCCUUGUCCUCCUCUCCGCGGGCCAAAUCGGGCGCGGCCUCAAACCCGGCCAUGGCAUUCCCCUGCCUAGACGCCUUGGAAACCAGAUCCGCCACCUUGCAAGCGAGUCGGUCCUCGUCCGGCCCAGAGCCCAGCUACACAUCUGGCCCAACGGAGACGUUCCAUUGCAAAGAUCCGCUGCUUCUCGACUGGGGCGGCAUCCUGCCCGAGUUUACCAUUGCGUACGAGUCGUGGGGUGCCGUCAACGCGGACAAAUCAAACGUCAUCCUGCUUCACACGGGGCUGUCGGCGUCGUCGCACGCCCAUUCCACCGAGGCGAACCCCCAGCCCGGCUGGUGGGAGAAGUUCAUCGGGCCCGGCGCGCCGCUAGACACGGACAAGUACCACGUCAUUUGCACAAACGUCAUCGGCGGGUGCCACGGCUCUACGGGGCCCAGCAGCAUCGACCCAGGCAACGGCGAGCGGUACGCGACGAGGUUCCCGAUCCUCACCAUGCAGGACAUGGUGCGCGCGCAGUUCCGGCUCCUGGACCACCUGGGCGUGGACAGGCUCUACGCGAGCGUGGGCUCGUCCAUGGGCGGCAUGCAGUCGCUCGCGGCGGGCGUGCUGUUCCCCUCGCGCGUCGGCCGCAUCGUCAGCAUCUCGGGCUGCGCGCGCUGCCACCCCUACAGCAUCGCCAUGCGCCACACCCAGCGGCAGGUGCUCAUGAUGGACCCCAACUGGAACCGCGGCUUCUACUACGACGCCGUGCCCCCGCACGCGGGCAUGAAGCUGGCCCGCGAGAUCGCCACCGUCACCUACCGCUCCGGCCCGGAGUGGGAGCAGCGCUUCGGCCGCCGCCGCGCCGACAACUCCAAGCCGCCCGCCCUGUGCCCCGACUUCCUCAUCGAGACGUACCUCGACCACGCCGGCGAGAAGUGGUGCCUCGACUACGACCCCAACUCGCUGCUCUACGUCAGCAAGGCCAUGGACCUGUUUGACCUCGGCCGCGAGAACCAGCUGGCCGCCCGGUCCCGGCGCCAGAGCCACCGGGACGGCAUCCGCGCCGGCACCCACGCCACCGGCGACGCCUCGUGCUCCCUGACCCUGCCGCCCCGGCCGUACGAGGAGCAGCCCUCCAGCCAGGUCGACGUCUCGGAACCCCUGGAGGCCGCCUCGUCGACGCCCCCGGAGGACCUGGUCCUGGGGCUGGCUGCCCUGAGGGACACGCCGACACUGGUCCUUGGCGUGGCGAGCGACAUCUUGUUCCCGGCGUGGCAGCAGCGUGAGGUUGCGCAGAGCCUGCGCCUAGCUGGGAACAGGCGCGUCACGCACGUCGAGUUGAGUGAGGAGAUGAGUCUCUUCGGACACGACACCUUUUUGUUGGAUUUGAAGCACGUGGGUGGCAAUGUCAGGAUGUUUCUGAAUUAG